AUGGAUGAGGAAGAGGAGGACGCAGCUUGGUUGGAGGAGGACGAGGAGGGCGGCGCACGCCGAGGUCUCAUGGAGAUGCUCCGGGUGGAGCGCCGGCAGCUCGUCCAGGAGCUGGCCUUACGGCGCAGGGCCCCAUGGCCACAUCCAGGGGCCGCAGCGCUCCUGCGACGUCAGUGGCAAGGCGGCGUGGAGGGCGAGACUCUUCCGCCAGCAAGCCAUCGGGCCGAUUUACCGGCAUCCCCACCGACCUCGCCAACCUCGCCAACUGCGCCAACCUCGCCGCCACGACCACGGCGGCUGAAGGAGAGGCUGGAAGAGGAGGAAAAUCGAUGGCGCCAGGCGGCGACGGCUGCGACGGCUGCGACGGCGGCGCCGCCGGUGCAGCCGGCGCAGCUCCACAAGACUGGGCAGACACCGGAGGUACACGUGCCGUCCGUGGCGUUGACAGGGGGCUUUCCGCGGGAAAAGUCGUCACCGUCACGGCCAUCAUGGGACCUCGACUCAAGGUGGAGCAACUUGUUGACACGUGUGUCCUUGACAUCGCAUGGAACAGAGGGCCAAAGCGGCCAAAGCGGCCACAGUGGCCACAGUGGCCAAAGCGGCCAACUGCAAGGACCCUCCGCGCCUUCUCCCCCGCUGUCGGCACGGUCCGCGACGCCUCGACUGGCCAAGGAACAAAUGGCGAGCCUGCAACAGCUCUGGACCGAGCAGCGGUGUCUUGCCAGCGGCUGA